AUUACAUGAAAUAAUGUUUAGAGAAGUGAUUGAAGGACUUAAUUAAAUUCGAAUAAUAUUUUUAACUUUAGAAUUUAUAAAAAUUAAGGAAUUAAGGAAGGCCUGCUACAUUGUGCUACAGACACAUCGACGCGUCCAAACAUUUAGUCGAAAAGUUUAUCAAGUUUGUGAUUGCACGUGAGUAAGUAUGGUGUUUUCUGUGAAAGAGGAAUGUAUGAAACAAGUUCCAUGGUUUUCACUAACCGAAUGGUAUGAAGUGUAUAAACAAAUUUAUUCGAACGACACGGUUGAGCAAACCAAAGCAUGCGAUACGUUGCUUGCAUGGAAAGCAAGGAUGCCAAAAUUACCAUUAGGAGUCGAUUGUACACUUUCGAUCGUGCAAGUGUGUCUUAGAGAUCGUGAAUGGUCACCCAAGAUUAACAAUGGGGAGUUGCCGAUUAGUUAUGAAAAUGAUUUGUCCCUGAUGUACUCCACCACCAUAAUGAGAUUUUUAAAUCAUAUAUCUAACUUAGGACACACAAAGCACACAUCCCUGUUUCAAAUUGCCAAACAGCUAAAUAUCCCAGAAUGGAUAGUGAAUUUGAGGCACGAUACUGCUCAUGGACACCAAUUGCCAUCCAUAGGUGUAUUGAGAAUAGCUAUAAAUAUAUUAUUAACUUGGUUGCAUGAAGAAUAUUGGGCAACCGAAGUUAAAAGAAUGGAACAAUCUAUGGUCACUGGCGAGUCUGUAAAGGAAGUCGAAGAAACUGAAGAGAUACAAGAAUUUAGUGACUUGAUUGAACUUUGGACCGCUGUUAAUUUGUAUAUUCAUGCGGGAUACAAUUUAGUAUCGGAUAUUCCAGAUCCUCGACUCAAGGAAACGUUACAAGAUCUGCAUUUGUACGCCAGCUCCUUGCUGGAACAAAAUAACGAAAACAUAGAAAACGAUAAAGAUAAUUAUAGACAAGAUGCUACCGAUGGUAUAAAAAAGGACAAAAAAUACAAAUUAGUGACCGCAAAAGUUAUUCUUCUGUCCGAAAUCUCUAGAUAUCUUAAUAAAAAAUCCAUCCCCAAUAAGAAGGAUAUAGUUUACAAUGCGCUUCUCAAUUCGGAAGCUUUUUUACCAAGCAAAGAUAUUUUGCAGAUUUUCGUUCAAAAGGAAACAACUGUAACUGACUUGGAAAAUCAUAUCUUACCGUUAGACAUGAUAUCAUUUUGGAAAGAUAUUAUAUUUUUAUUAUAUGAAAAGGAAAUGAUGGAAACCAUAAUUCUAGAAUUACUAAAUUUAAUGAAUAAUGAACAAGUAACUAAAGAUAGAAAACUAUUAGCUUCUUUAUGGAUAAGUUCUAUAUGUUAUAGUUUUGUGAAAUUAGAUGCCGCCCAUUGUAUAGCUCGAACAUUGGAAUACGAGUUACAAGUCGCAGAAAAAAGAUUACCACCAAAAACUUUUCAACUUAAAGUGAAGGAAGAAACGGAUCAUACUUAUCCACACCUGAAAGAUGUUUUCUGGUUUAAUUUAUCGAGCGUAGUGUUACCUUGUCUAACCGACGUAAAUUUUGUUUUAAAAUUUAUAUUAAACGCAAACGAGUUGUCUAUGAAAUUCAUUCUACCCAUGUUAGAGUUAACAAGUCCAAAACUAGACGAAGAAAGAAAACAAUUAUUAUUAAAUUUAAUCAACAUUAGCGUGACAGGAAAUACAACAAACGAUGAAAAUUUCACUCAGUAUCAAAACAUUUUUACUCUUAAAGAUAUUUGUAAUCAACAUGAUCGUAUCCUAGAUUUAGAUAACGAACAGAACAAAUCUAAAGGUACAACGUCUCAUUUUUUAAGCGAUGAAAAGGUUCGAACUCAAUGUUGGAAAUUACCGUCUACGAAUUAUCAUUGGGUGAAUUGUCCAAUUGGUUUACUUCCUUGGCAAAUUGAUUCCAUGCAAGUUUUAAAUCCUCUUAAGAAAAUAUCACAGAAAUACAAUGUUUUAGCUUUGGAGUCUGAAAUUACUCCUGGAAUUAUAGAUAGUAAAGAUUUGAAAAUGAAAAGUAAAAUUAAUUGGAACAAUGUCCUGAGGAAAAAGAAACGUUCGAAACGGAAAUACGAACGAAGGAAUGCAGACAUUAUAAUAAAUAGAGCAUUAGAGACUGCCAAAAAACAAAAAUAAUACAUUAAAUUUCUAUUCAAAUAUUUUAUUUAUAAAUGUUCGUAGGAAAUGUGAAAACAACAAACAAGUAAUUCAACGAUGUAU